UCUCUGAGGUUAAAGUUGAAGCAGAACAUGGCGUCGAGCGUGGAGCACGGGGAAGACACGGGAGAGAUCGCGGAAACUUUCAAACAACUGGGAGUGACAGAUGUACUAUGUGAAGCAUGCAGCCAGUUAGAAUGGAAGACACCAACAAAGAUCCAAGUAGAAGCUAUUCCAGUUGCACUCCAAGGUCGAGACAUCAUUGGCUUAGCAGAGACAGGAUCUGGAAAAACAGCGGCUUUUGCUUUGCCCAUCCUUCAGGCACUAUUAGAAACUCCCCAGCGCUUCUUUGCUCUGGUACUUACACCCACCCGGGAGUUAGCCUUUCAGAUCUCCGAACAGUUUGAGGCUCUUGGAUCUUCCAUCGGUGUCCAGAGUACUGUCAUUGUUGGAGGAAUUGACAUGAUGUCCCAAUCUCUGGCCCUAGCCAAGAAGCCCCAUGUAAUUAUUGCUACGCCUGGUCGUCUUAUUGAUCAUCUUGAGAAUACAAAGGGCUUCAAUCUUAGAGCUCUGAAAUACCUAGUGAUGGAUGAAGCUGACCGGAUCCUCAAUAUGGAUUUUGAAACAGAGGUAGAUAAGAUCCUGAAAGUAAUUCCCAGAGACAGGAAGACAUUUCUGUUUUCUGCUACGAUGACUAAAAAGGUGCAAAAACUCCAGCGUGCAGCCCUCAAAGACCCCGUGAAAUGUGCAGUAUCCUCAAAAUAUCAGACAGUUGAAAAACUUCAGCAAUACUAUAUUUUUAUUCCAUCCAAGUUCAAGGAUAGUUACCUUGUCUACAUUCUGAAUGAACUUGCUGGCAACUCAUUCAUGAUAUUCUGCAGCACAUGCAACAAUACUCAGAGGACGGCACUCUUGCUUCGAAAUUUGGGCUUUACUGCUAUUCCCCUCCAUGGACAGAUGAGCCAGAAUAAACGAUUAGGAUCACUGAACAAGUUCAAGGCUAAAGCACGGUCCAUCUUGUUGGCUACUGAUGUUGCAAGCAGAGGUCUUGACAUACCACAUGUUGAUGUAGUGAUAAACUUUGACAUUCCUACCCAUUCCAAGGAUUACAUUCAUCGAGUAGGGAGAACAGCUCGAGCUGGACGAUCUGGUAAAUCAAUCACCUUUGUGACACAGUAUGAUGUGGAACUCUUCCAGCGCAUUGAGCACCUGAUUGGCAAAAAGCUGCCAGCCUUUCCCUCUCAGGAGGAAGAGGUCAUGAUGUUGACUGAGCGUGUGGCUGAAGCCCAGAGAUUUGCUCGCAUGGAAUUGCGGCAACAAGGGGAAAAGAAGAAACGCUCUCGAGAUGAGACAAAUGAUGGUGAUGAUGAUGAUGAUGCAGAAGGAGCGCUCGGAGUCAGGAAAAAAGUUACUGGUGGGAAAAAAAAGAAAUGGAAAGUUCAGAAAUAAAUACCAUCAGACUUUAUUUCUCUAUAUUUUUAUGCCGUUUGGAAUCCAGGAAUCAUCACUAUCGUUAUCAGAAUGACUUUCAAGGACUCACAGAGAACAUCUCAGCAAAUUUAGUGGUCCACCUUCAUGGAUAUAAUCUAGAAAUGAUUUUCCUUGCAAACUGGGGAAAUCUCUUUAACAUUGUAGGAGUCUUAUUACUCUCUAAACAGCAGUUGGUAUUCCUCUGAAGAAAGCAGAAGAGAACAGAUUCCAUAUAUUCUUUAUGGACAGUGGAAUUCGGAAUAUAGCAGAAGCUUUUCAGUCUGAUACCACCCAAGUUGCAGUCAAUUAUUUUUUACAGUCCAUAUUUAUUUAAUAAGGUAAUUUGCAAAAACAUGGGGUGGAGCAGGGAGAAAAAAGUAAUGUAUUCUAAUGUUCAAGAUGUGUCAGCAAAUAGCAGACUAAUAAGAUCCUUGAAUAUUAAAGUGAAGGACUUGAUACAAAGGAGAAGAAUUAAAAAAAAAAACUGCUAAAA